AUAAAAAUUCAAGCUGGAGAUAGAAGUAAAACAUCUGAUUCGUUAGAUGAUAAUGAUGAGCUUGUCGAAAAGCCAAAGAUGCAGGAUGAAUAUGGCUGUGUAGCUUAUCUACCAGUUUCACCGUCCUCUGAGGAAUUAGAGUUAAUGUGUAAACAAAAAUCAGAAUUAAUAGAUAAAUAUGAUACACUGGAUGAGCACAUUACUGAUGAAAUAUUAACUCUAAUGCAAAAAUGUUAUUUUUUGCAAAGAAAGGAAAUACACAUUGGAAAAGAUCUUUCAACAAUUUUUCAACAGUGGCCAUUCUUCUACCACUAUAAAUUCAUAGUGCAGCACGCUGAUGAAUUAUUAGGCAAAGAUACAAAUGUGGUAUGGAAAACAUCAUUGGAAAAGCUAUCAAAACCCAUCAACCGCUGGGCCAAAAAUCUAGAAGUUGCUCGAGAAGUAAAAGAUAAGAGCAAAAAAAAUGCGGUUGACGGUGAACGAAAAUUCGUUCGUGAUAGACUAAAACUCGCAACAAAAUAUAGUGAACAAAAAAAAAACGACGAACCAUAUAACACGGUUGUGUUUGAAUUAAUCGUGAAAUUCAUGAAAGAAAAUUUGACAUUUCUCUACAAUAUAAUUGAUGAAUCUAUUGAAGAUGCGGAAUUACUUAAGCACGUUCCUGUUGUCAAUCCUGUAUUAAUAAUCAGAGAGUUUUUAAAUAAAAUUUUACAACAAUUUUUCUUACAAAUUUGUCCUCCCAAGGGUACAAAGAGAGGUGGUAAGAGAAAAGCAACGAAAAUCCAUCCUAAAGUCUUCAAACUGACUAAAGAUAUUGAUUCCUACCUUGCUGAUGAAUCCGAUGACUAG